GGGCUCGAACUCACGGACCGCAAGAUCGUGACCUGGCUGAAGUCGGACGCUUAACCGACUACGCCACCCAGGCGCCCCUCUUCCUCUUUUUUUAAAUAUGUAAUAAGUCUAUGCAGAUCUAGGGAUUUGAAAUGUAAUAAUUAAAACCAAAUCAUAUGUAUUUUUAAAUUUGUGGAUACUUGGAAAGUUUUGCUCUAUUGUCCUAAUUUAGUUCUCAUUAAAAAAAAAAAACAAACAAACAAACCAACAACUGAUUUAACAGUAAGUGUUUUCUGGGCACCUAUUAUGUGCCAGGCACAAUUUCUAGAGUCUGAGGAUAUAGCAGUGAACCGAACACAAAAAUUCCUAUCCUCAAAGAGCUUAACAUUACAUUCUUGUAGGCUUGGAUGUGCAUGCUGAGACAGACAAAACAAGGUAAAAUUUAAAAAUAUAUAGUGUAUUAGAAUAAUGGUAUGCUUUGGAGAAAAAGCAGAGAAGAAACAUUGAUUAUUGAGGUGCUACAGUUUUGAAUAAUUUGAGAGAACCCCUGGAGGUGGUGGAUGUGGUUUGGCCUAUUAUGCUGAUAAUCUGAAGGAAGAGUGAUCCAAGUGGAGAAAACAGUAUGGGAAAGGGGCCUGAAGCUGGUUGUGGUUCUGGUUGUGGUGCUGGUUCCCAGCAAGGGAAAGCAGCAGUGAGAAGCCCCAUUAGAAGUGUGGAAUGGAGUGUAGAUGGGAAAAAAGCAGGGCUAAGGGGAGAUUGCAGACACCAGAGAUAAUCAUGGGAAUUCUGGCUUGUAUUGGAGUAGGGUAGGAGCAGGGAUAACAUGAUCUGACUUAAGGUUAGAGGAACUCUGAAUCUAAAGUUGUCAGAUUUAGCAAAUAAAAACACAGGACACCAAGUUAAAUUUGAAUUUCAGGUAAACAAUAUUUUUUUUAGUACAAGUGUGUCCUGGGCAAUAUUUGGGAAGUUCAAAUUUGAGCAUCCUAUAUUUUAUCUGGUAAACCUAUAGAAGAAGGAACUUAAAGUGGACAGAUUCUGCAUAUGUUUGAAGGAAUCAUAGUAUUUGCUGACAGACUGGAUGUGAGAAGAGAGUCAAAGAGGACUCUUAGAUUUUGGCUUGAGCAACUAGAAAGAUGGAGUUGCUGUUAACUGGAAUAGGACGACUGUAGGUGGAGAAUGUUUUGGGGAAAAAAAUGACAAUCUUAGUUUUGGACAUGUUGGUUUGUGGUGCAUACUAGUCACCCAAGUAGAGAUGUCAGGCCAGCACUUGAAUAUAGGAGUCUGAAGUUCAGGAGAGGGGUCUGGGCUGGAGGUAACAAUGUUGGGUGUUGUCAGCUAAUACAGGCAUUUACCAAUUCAUACAUCAAUUUUUUGUGUGGAAAAUUUCAAACAUGUCAAGUAGAAAUCAUUGGAUGAAUGAAUGCCAAUGUACCCAUCACCUAGCUUCAACAAUUAUCAACCCAGGGGCAGUCUGUACCCCUUUCCAGGUCCCCUAAUCCAUCUCUAUUAUUUUAAAGCAAAACAAAAGUUUUGGAGAUUAUUUCAUUCAUUUAAAAUUUAUGUAUGUAUAAAAGAUAAGGACUCUGUUUUUAUCAUAACCACAAUAUCAUUACCACACUUAAAGUAACAAUUUAUUGAUAUCAUUAAGUAGCUAGUCAAUGUUUAAAUUUUCUUAAUUGCUUUCUUAUAAUUCAGUAUCCAAACACAUUGUAUUUGGUUGGUGUGGCUCAUAAAUCUCUUCUAAUUUAUAGUCUCCCACAUCUCUUUUUUUUCUUGCCUCUUAUGCUUUAAAAGAAUAUGAUCAUUUAAACUGUAGAAUUAACCCCUCUGGAUUUUGCUGAUUCCAUUCCACUGGUUCUAUUUAACCACUGUAUUUUCUGUAUACUGGUCCUUACAUCUAGAAGGUUAAUUAGAUUAGGGAUCAAUAUUUUUGGCAAGUAUCUUACUUCUUUGGUAAUGCUUGGCACCUCCUGUUGAACCUCAUCAAGAGGCUCAUACUAGGGCUGGUUCUGUCUUUGUAAAUAAAAGAUCAACUGAAGGAUUUAGGUGUUUUCAGCCUGAUCUAUUCAUUAUAAAGUUUCCUAUUACCUUUCACCUCAUGGUUUAAACAGCCAUUUAUGAUCAUUGUCUAGAUCCAUUAUUUUCAUUGCACCUCCAAAAUGGUAAUAAUCUAAUUGUACCAUUCAUUCUGUGUUUAUUAGCUGAAAUACGCCUAUAAAGAACAUUCUCACAUCUAUAUGUUGGUUACUUUGAAGUGCAUCUUCCUAGAAAGGGCUAACCAUAAGAAAUGAAUUUUAACGUCUGGAAUAUCAAAGAGAUGCUCAGUAUUCCCUCAGGUUCUGGGACCACUAAUUCCUCUAGCUGGAAUAAUAAUCAGACUGAUCACUCCAGUCUCAGUGAUUCCCAGUUCCUCUUUGGAUCACAGUUCUGUCCAGAAAGUUCAGAGACUCUGUCAGCACCCUUGGACUCUGGUGUCUACUUGAGACACCCAAAACAGUCACAACAGAAUUCUCUGGAUAGUGAACCAAGUAUUUUCACAAAAUACCAGACAAAACCCCAGCUCUUUGGAGGAAAUACAAAUGAUAGAGGCUUAUUUCCUCUUCCUUUGUCAGUUGGAAAAUCAAAGGGCCUCUUGGAACAAUUUGAGGAGAAAAAGAAAAGGGCAAAAGACAAAUGUGACAGUGAGACUCUAUACAACUUCAUUUCCCAUAUCAGAGAAAGCAUUCACAAGUUGCAGGCAUCUGUGGAAAAGUCUGAGGAACAUCUCAGUUCAAGAAGUCAAUCUAUUUUAGAUUGUUUGGAGACUGUGGCCAAGACAUUGCAAGAGACUGUGCAGGCCCAGAGUGAUCUGCUGUUGGGAACUGUGCAUGACAAAGGCAACAUGGAGCAGGUUAUCCUCGAGAUACAGAAGAGAUUUGAAGCUAGACAAGCAGAAUUUAUAGAAAUGAAGUCCGACCUGAAGCACCUUGAAGUUUUAGUUGCCCAGCAGAGUAAGGACUUCCAGCAGCUGUGUGAGCAGCUAGGCCAGCUGAAUGUGGCCAGCGUCCUAGCAGAGCUGAAGAGAUUGAUUUCAGUCCCUCAGGUACCUGGGCAUGUGAAAGACAGCACUUCCCAGACCUCACUACCUCUGGCCCAGAGCCUCAGUUUCACCAGGCAGGACAGAUAUGCCUCUGAGGAACCAGAUACGUGGCAGACUCAGGCCAUCCCUGCUGUCUGGAAUCUUAGUAUGGGCUCCCUGCAGCCUGGGGAGUUUGCUAUCUAUACUGAGGGAGCAAAAAGUGAUGCUCUCCAAGGAGAGGCUGUGCUGAUGGCCGCUGGAACCGGCAAAAGAAGCAGGCGAGUAAAGGACAAGGCAGUGCAGACCAACUGCCAGAAUUGGACUCUUAAUAAAACCAGCCUUGAGAAUCAUGGCUCUGGUUCCCCAGGCCACAAAGUUCCUUGUGACUGGAGCUGGGUUUCCCAAGGAGCCUCAAGGUUUAUACCCCUGGACUUUGAAUCCAGCAUUAAGAACACUUGCCAAAAAAGUCAAGCUGAAGGUGUGCUUUCGUGUGCCCCUUGUGAACAAAGGCUGGUGACUGCACAGAAAGGCAGAACUAUGGAAAGAGGGGGGAAAGGCAAGAAGCAGCAGCCCAGGAAAGCCUGCAGAAGCAGGCUCCUAACCAGGAAGCAAGAACAAACCCCUAGCAAAACCUGUGCUUUCAAUUCUAAAUAUCCUCAGCUUCCAGUUUCUGGCCCACAAAGGCUCCCCCUGGAGCAGCAGGAACCCUUUGCUCAGUCCCUGCAUCUGUGGGGCUCCAGGACUCCCACAAAACCAGUCAUCCCUGUUCUGAGAGCAACAGUCAUGCCCAGUAAGACAGUGAGGGCAGCACAGGAGAACAUCUUGCAGCUCAGUGGGCAUUCUUCCAAAGACAACAGCCUGCUUUCUAAAAGUUCCCUGGGGGACCACCAGAUGAGCUGGUUCAGUGACCUCAACCUUGGAAGUUCAGAGUCCCCUCUGUGCAAGGAUCCAGAGAAGAAUAUGCUCUAUGAUCUGGGUUUUGACAGCAGUGAUGAUGGCUUUUGACCAGCCCACAAUCUGACUUCAGCUGAUAGUUUAUUGGUCUCAGCUGGAAAGACAAAUUCUAGAACACUGGGGCUGGCUAACAGCAGAAAGUCCCUGAAGCCUGAUUGGAGCCCUCAGGCUCAGAGGGCCUGCUAGGGGGGGUGGUGGUCAGUGUAGGACAGGUGCAGGGCAGGGGAGUAGCUCUGGUGUUCUGGGUACCAGGUGCUGCCCAUGACAAACAUAAGGGAUAAUUGCAUCCUUAUUUAUUGGAGUGAAGCACGUGGAGACGACAGUGAUGAGCUGGAGCAGCAGCCUGGGUGUAGGGUAUCAGGAGGAGGGUGCUGAUUUGGGUGAAAGGAGGACUGGCCUCCAUGUGGAAUACUGAGUGGCAGAAGGGCUCUCACAGAACUGUUGCUGUGGCAGCAAGACUCCCAAACAUUUUUGGUCUUCACGGUAUUUCCUACACCUGACCAAUACCUAUCCAGGCCUCGGGAUUUUUAAAAUUAUUUUUAUCCAGUUUUACUGUCAGAGCACUUGCAUGUUUUGAUCAGUGGACAUAUUACAGGACACACUGUCUUCUUGUGAACAGAGAAACAGAGAAUGUUAAGCUGCCAAUGAAAAGAGGUGACGGGCACCCAAUAAAUUCCCAGAGCACCACUGUAUACAAGCCACACAAUCCCAUUUUUCGUCCUGGCUGUUUUUCCUAUGCUGUUUGCAACCACCCUUCAAGCUAAUGAGAGCAUCUAAGGGCCCUGUAUUAUUUCCAGAGAGCAAUAGGCUUAUUUAUGUGAGACGUUGGCUGUCUAUUCAUAUCUUGCAGAAGUUUUGAAUUUUUGUUAUACAUAUAUGUAUAUUUGUUUUAUAACAAAAAAUAAAAAUUUUUAAAAGCAUA